AUGCGUCGGAGAUAGCAAGAGUGUGAUUAAAUUAACUGAUAACCACCGAAACUUAAUUCUAACACUAAGAGUACCUUUCCACCUCGCCUCCCGUAAUCCCAUUAAUCCUCCUCUUCUGCGUUUUCUUUUUGGCUUUUGUUUCUCAUCUCUUUUUCAAUUCUUGUUACUCACACCAUUGCACUUUAACUGUUUCCAUCUCUUUGUUUGCGCAUUGAAACGUACGUCCCUCUCUAGCUAUGAGAUCUCAAAAUAGCUCCUGCCGCUGACCACCGACAAAUCUUAAACUGGGUUUCAAAGAUCUGAGGGAAACUCGCUGAUCUCUUCAAUUUCUGCCGGUUUCUCUACUUGGGUUUUUUCUGUAAUUUGCUAUGAGCUGGAGAUAUAAGGCCGGUUUAUUCUUGAUAGCUGCUGUUGUUAUUAUAUGGGUUACCUCUGCAGAAGUCACCCAGGGUAUCUUUACAGACUACAAGCAGCCAUUUGCAGUGACAUAUCUUGGAGCAUCUCUGAUGGUAGUUUACCUCCCAAUAGCAUUUCUUAAAGACUGGAUAUGCAAGAUACUAAAGCAUCGCUCUUCUAAAAGUGGUAAAGAUGCAGGAAGCAUAAAUGAGUCUUCCGAUGGAUUUAACUCUCCUCUGAGCCGGAAAAUUUUUGAAAUUGAACUUCAGGGAACUUUGACCAGAAAAGACAGUGAAGCAGACCUUUCUCCUCAAGCAGAGGGAAAGCCUUUGAUUCCUAGACACAAAGAUGAUUUAAAUGUGUUGAAACAUGAAAAAGAGCUUACACCUAGAGAAAUUGCCAUCUAUGGUUUUUAUAUUGCCCCUAUCUGGUUUAUAACAGAGUAUUUAUCAAAUGCCGCGCUUGCACGUACAAGUGUUGCAAGCACAACAGUUUUGUCAUCAACAUCAGGACUUUUUACCCUUUUCAUUGGUGUAUUUCUGGGCCAAGAUACUUUAAAUGCAGCGAAAGUAGUAGCUGUCCUUGUAAGCAUGGCUGGUGUUGCCAUGACUACUUUGGGAAAAACUUGGGCUGCAGAUGAGUCUCAACUAAGUGCUUCUAUCAAUGGGAAGCGCUCUCUUGUCGGGGAUCUUUUUGGCCUUCUUUCAGCUGUUUCAUAUGGACUAUUUACAGUGCUCCUUAAAAAGUUUGCUGGUGAAGAAGGAGAAAGGGUUGAUGUGCAAAAGUUGUUUGGAUACAUAGGACUGUUCACGCUUGUAGCUCUAUGGUGGCUUGUUUGGCCGUUGACUGCCUUGGGAAUAGAACCCAAGUUUUCAAUUCCUCAUUCUGCUAAAAUGGAUGAAGUUGUUCUUGCAAAUGGCUUUAUUGGAAGCGUCCUGUCUGACUACUUUUGGGCAUUAUGUGUUGUAUGGACAACUCCAUUGGUGGCUACCUUGGGUAUGUCACUCACCAUCCCUCUUGCUAUGGUGGCUGAUAUGGUGAUUCAUGGUCGUCAUUAUUCGGCAAUUUACAUUCUUGGCUCUAUUCAGGUUUUUGCAGGAUUUGUUAUAGCUAAUCUUUCGGAUUGGUUCUCAAGAAAAUUGGGAUUAUAGCAUUUGUUGAAAUUCCUGGGCGUAUAUUCAAUUCUUUAUGGGGGCCUAUUUCCAAAUAUCUUUGACUUGAUGUCCCUUCCUCAAAGUGGCUUGUCAUCUCCUGAGAAAUGAUGAUGAACUGUAAUUGAAUGUGCAAAUGAAAGGAAGAGGUUUGUAUUCUGGUAAUGGUUGGGUCAGGUUUGUGAGUAGAGCCCUAAUUGUAAUAAAUAGUUUUGGUCAAAGAAAAAAAAAAUCCUCUCUAUUUCUGGACUUUGUAAAUAUAUUUUUAAAUUGAUAAUUUGAUGCGGAUGUUGCUAGGGUUGUGACCCAUAGGAACAGCAAAAAUGAAGGUUGAAUUUUAAUUAGAGUUAGGUUUGGUCAAGAGGUUGGGGUUAA